CUGUGGCGCCGUAGUUGAUCAGGCCCAGCUGCCCUUGUCACAGGACACAUCCAACAUGGGUGACCUGCUGGGACUGGACAACCUGGUGGCUAACACGGCCUACCUGAGGGCUCAGCACAUAGAUCGCGAUAAGCUGAGAAAACAGAGGCUCUCCCUGACGCUGCCCAGACCAAAGAUGUCCUCUGCCCUCCUGGCAGCAGUGGGGAGGAAGUACGAGUCACUGUGUGAGCGACAGCCUAUUGGGAGGAAGCUGUUCCGGCAGUUCCUCCUGGCCUCCAACCCUCAGUACAAGGCCGCCACUGAGUUUCUGGAGGAGCUGAGUGACUGGAGCUUUGCUGAGGAUGAGGCCAGGGAGAAGGCCAAACACAGCCUGCUCACUAAGUUCUGUCAACCUGAGUCCAAGAGUUUUCUCUCCUACCUGACAGGAGAGGAAGCUGAAAUAUGCAAGGAUUUAUCAGACAAGAACUUCGACAAGGCGAUGUUGGGCCAGAUAAGAGAAGCCACAAGAGACUUCCUGCAGGGAAAACCUUUCUCGGAGUAUCUGAAUAGCCCCUUUUUUUAUCGGUUCAUGCAGUGGAAGGAGUACGAGAAGCAGAGGAUCAAUGACAAAUACUUUUAUGAGUUUAGGACUUUGGGAAGAGGUGGUUUUGGUGAGGUGUGUGCAGUGCAGGUGAAACACACAGGCCAAAUGUACGCCUGCAAGAAGCUGGACAAGAGGCGCUUGAAGAAGAAAGGUAGCGAGAGGCUGGCCCUUCUGGAGAAGGAGAUCCUGGAGAAGGUCAACAGCCUCUUCAUUGUGAACCUGGCUUACGCUUACGACAACAAGAACCACCUGUGCCUGGUCAUGGACCUCAUGAAUGGAGGAGACCUCAGGUUCCACAUCUACGAGCUCGGGGUAAGGGGAAUCCGUAUGGACCGUGUUGUAUACUACAUGGCCCAGAUAACCACUGGGCUGCUCCACCUGCACUCCAUGGACAUUGUGUACCGGGACAUGAAGCCUGAGAAUGUGCUGCUAGAUGCCAAAGGACAGUGUCGGCUGUCAGACCUUGGAUUGGCUGUGGAGCUGCCGAAGGGCAAAUCGAUCUGCCAGAAGGCUGGUACGACUGGUUACAUGGCCCCUGAGAUUCUGAAGCAGGAGUACUACCGCACGUCUGUGGACUGGUGGGCUCUGGGCUGCAGCUUCUAUGAGAUGGUGGCCGCCCGUUUGCCUUUUAAAGACUUCAGAGAAAAGGUGCAGAAUGAGGAGGUGACUCGUCGCACUCUGGAGGACGAGUGCAAGUUUGAACACAAAAACUUUGAUCCUCCCACCAAAGAACUCAUCUGCCGCUUUCUCAAGAAAAAGGUGGCCCAUCGCUUCGGGUGCCGCGGUGAGGACCCACGAAACCACCACUUUUUCAAGAGCAUCAAUUUCCACCGUCUGGAGGCCGGGCUGGUGGAGCCCCCAUGGGUGCCAAAAUCCAACGUGGUCUACGCCAAGGACAUGGACGAGUUUAGGGACAACUCCGAGGAGGAGGAUAUUAAGUUUGACGCCAAGGAUGAGAAAUUCUUCAAGCAGUUCAGCACAGGCGCUGUGUCCAUCCAGUGGCAGAAGGAGAUGAUCGACACCGGAGUGUUUGACGAGCUGAACGACCCCAAAUGCAACGGCCACAGUCGUGAGACCGUGUGGGAAUCAAGGAUGUGCAUUAUUUUGUGAGGCAUUUUAUCUACUCAUCAGCUGUUCAGACCAAUAAUACAUGAAAGUCCUUUAAUUUCUUUUACACUUCCAAAGUGCCUGCUAUAAAACCAAAUGAAGCACCUCAGGUACCUUUUAAAACAGCAACGUGCUCUUUUCCUUAGUCUGGGUGUAUUGCAUUCCUAAAGAGGAAUCAUCUUGAUGCUACGGCCAAACAUGAUGGGACAUCUGCCUCAGUGGUAAAAUAAAACCACCAUUUUUGUUUUCAGUGUUAUGCCUGGAUGGAAACACACGCUGACAUUGUAAUGCAACUGCUGCUUUAUACUUUGCCCUCUAUUCCCCUUUGAGACAGCAGACCCCAGUGCAUGCAUAGUUUCCAUUACAUCACUCGGCCAGUUUGGCAGGCCAAAGUGUUUACAUGUGUUUGUAAACAAGCCACAUAAUGGUGUAUGUAUGUCACCGAAUAGCAGCAGGAUUAUUAUCGGUAUUUGGAGCAAUGUGCCACAUUUGUCAGACAGACAUAAAUGCCAUGAGUGCCUUUUGCUCAUGUGACCGGACAGUGUAAUGCAACCUCAGUGAAGUCGCUCAGUAGCAGACGUUCACCACUAAGUGCCGCCAGACACCCAUACAGUGCGCUCGACCUCCCGCAGCACUCAUCAUCACCCCCAUUACCCUGGCUGCUGCUGCGGUAUUUACAAGAACUGGAUGACUCGUUCUGCUUUAACAAGGAGAUGCAGGGAGACAAAUUGUCAUAGUUUUUCCACUAAAAAAAAAAAGGAAAAAAAAGAUGUUAAUGUUUAAUUCUUGGCUUUAACAAGGCAAUACCAACCCCCUCUGUUACCCCCCAGAUCAGCCUGUUUACAAGCCACAAACAACCUAAGAGAGAGAUGCUUACUAUUUAAAGCACAACAACAACAAACAUCUAUUUGGCUUUCAGAAAUGGUUAGUUCUAGUAUCCAUUUGGAUUUUGAUUCCUACUGCAUGACAAAAGCCUCUGGUUGGAGGAGAUCUGUGUCCUAUUAUUAAUAAGAACUGUUUAAUUUGAGAGUUUUCAUCCCCGGAUGAUCAUUUGAGAAACUUGGGAGGUUUCUUUUUUCUUUCAGGUGUUUUUUCAGGUAUUUUUUUGCCUUUAUUUUGUAGUGAACAUAGAGAGGAAAUGAGGAGGUAAUGUGACAAAGGUCCCUGGAUGGGCUCAAACCUUAGGGCCCUAGCACACCAAGCUGGUGGUCAGCCAUUGGUCAAUGACAGGUCGUCAGAAAGUGUCUGAUAUCCCUAGUUUUGGCGGUGUGUCCUGCACCCUUGGUACAAGUUGGCCCUGGUUGGCUUUCUUUUGGCCAAGUUGGGGUGGCUAAACUCAUCGAUGAGUGAUCAGCUCAGCACGCAUGGAAUAAAACAGACGGGAGGUAAAUAAACAAACAGCUAAAGUCAAGAGGGCAUGAGAUUGAAACUAAUUUGUUAUAUGAGGUAAGUGUUUUUUAGCCUUUGAGCUCUUGAGCAGAAACAGUUCGUAAUUGUUUGUGUUAUUGUUCGCUAGUCCACGGUAAAUAUCCUUUUGGUCUUUCAGCAUCAGGUUGUGUUGUUAAUGUGCUAACUGGCUAACUAGCGUCUUGAAUACAUCAUUUCAGUCUUCCGCUCUCCUUUUUGAAAAAAAACAAAAACAAAUACAGACUACCGCCAUCUGCUGGUAUGGACAGUUAUUUCCUCUCAUGCAGGUGCAGAAUAUACAUGCUAGUUGACUGCUGGUUGCAGUCAUUGUGGUGUGUUCAAGUGCAACCUUUGGCGACCUGAGGCGACUUCUUUGAUGUCAGCUUGGUGUCUUAUUUCUAACUCAAAUUAUAAUUUUUACCUCUGUUGUACUUUGUUCCAGUCCUCGAGUCUUAAAUGACAAUGUAAGUCUUUUUAGAUUUACUCACAUAAAGAGCUGCAUUACAGUGCCAAUGAUAUUUUGUAAUAUUAAAAGUGAUUUUAUAAUGCCAACUUAACAUUUUCUAAUAUUCUAUGUGACCUUUUUUGACUUGUAAUGAUUUUUUAUACUAUUUAUUGCUUUGUGAUACCUUUUCUGGGCUCUUUUUUACUACAUUUUUAUGCUGGGAGAUGACUUUUUUUGAUGAGAUGUGAUGAAAAAGAAAUGCAAAUGUUUUAAAUGCUUGAGCAAAAUAAAACAAAUCCUUCCAGCAACAGCCAGAAGAAGAUCGGGGAUGCAGCCUUUGUUAGUUACGCCCCAAAGCUAUGGAACACACUACCUGUAGAUAUCAGGGAAGCUAGCUCCGCUUAAUAUCUUUAAAAAAAAACCCUAUCUAUUCACUUUAGACUUUAACUACCUCUGACUUUCCCGAUACAGGUCUGAAACUCUUCCUCUUUACACUUUUGCAACUCUUUUAAAAUCUUACUUGAUUUUAC